CGCCCACGAUGGCGAUGCCAACACAUCGAUUCUUCAUUGACUUGUUCUUCUUGUCCUCUUUCCUUUGCUGCUCUAGUAGUACUCUAGUAUAGUAGUACCUGAUACUGCACCAUGUCCCGACGAAGCAAGAAAAGCAGAGGUCGCGAACCUGAAGUAGACGAUGGAGACGAUCCUUUGGCAGUGAUCAAUGCGGGCCUUCGAGAACAGGAAGAAGAAGAAGAGGAUCCAGAUUCGCCAUGGCUGCCGCUGGAAUCCAAUCCGGAAAUCUUUACGGACUUUGCGCACAAGAGUGGCGGGCUGCCCAAGAAUUGGGGUUGGGUGGAUAUUCUGGGAUUGGAUCCGGAGCUGUUGGGCAUGGUGCCCGAGCCGUGUGCCGGUGUCAUUUUGCUCUUUCCCUGUACCGAGAAUAUUUAUAAAGUUCGCAAGCAGGAAAAGCAAAAAUUGCUACACAAUCCACCCACACCGGCCACACAGAAAGCCUAUCAUGUCCAACAGAUUGCCGAAUUUGGGAAUGCGUGCGGCACCAUUGCCAGUGUCCACGCGCUGAUCAAUGGCGCAUCCGUCUACAGUGGUAACAGUCAUACCAGUCCACUGCAGAAAUUCCGACAAGGUCACGAGAAUGCGUCGGCACUGGAUCGCGGCAAAGCAUUGUUGGCCACCGAAUCUCUCCGCAAUUCGUCCGAUCAAUCCGCCAAUCAUCGAGCGGCUCAAACGGCCGUUCCCGAUCGCUACGGUCCCGAUCUUGAUCAUCAUUUUGUCGCCUUUUCUCCUAUUUCUACUUCCUCAAAUAGUACACAUGUGGUCGAAUUGGAUGGCACCAAAGUAUUGCCGGUCGAUCAUGGAUCGGUGACCAAACUAUUGGCACGGGAAGAACGGGAUUCCACCGUCGGGGAUGAUCCCAAAAAGCAUACGUUUUUGCGAGCCGUGGCACAGGUCAUUCGGAAACGAUACAUGCAAGUGGAACCGGAUAGUAUCGAAUUCUCCAUGAUGGCAUUGUGUCGGAUAAAAUGAAACUGUUGACUAAGAGUACACACGACAAUAUAUUGGGUCAUCCAUCAUGUGGCGGGAUAGAAUGGAAUCGAAUCAUGGUAUUGAAUUCAGGGUCCCAGGACGAGCCUGCCUGUUUGUUUGCUUUUUCGAGCACAACGAUGGUUGUUCGAAGAAACCUCGUCGUCUGUAUUUGCAGAAGACGUUAAAGGCAACCAAACACAACAUACGUACACACUCACACUCGCACGGGAUUCGAGCAUUGCCAUUUAGUGCUUGGAGGGCCCAAUUUUUGUACCCCACUGUUAAUUCAUAAUCAUUGGUUUGCUGUGUGCAACCAUACAUAAUGGAAGUCUACGAUAGUAGGCUUCUUCAUGUCAUCAUGUCGUUGGAGUGGCUACAAGCAACGUUCGUCGGGUCAUCAUUUUCCGUUCCGGGCAAGAACACGUGCCAGGAUCAUCACCCGACCCAAGCGUAACCUCGUUGCUUGGUUGCACAAGGAAUGCUCUUGUGGCGAGGGGGGGG